UAUUUAGUGGUGUGCGUUUCAUACAUUCACAUAACACAUCAGAAUAAGAAGUACAUAUAUAUCGUUACUAUCCUUGUUUCUCUAGUCACUUUUCUAUUUAGAAUCUACAUUUGUAAAUUAGGAUCACUUCGGAUUAGACGUUUCUAAACUUAACCAAUAAAAUAGUGAGAAAAAAUUAAUUAAGAAUUUGUGUGGCAUAUACAUAUUAAUAAUCGUAAUUAAAUAUUUUCAAGAUCAACGUUACUUUGGAAUUCUAAUAAGAUGAUUUUACAAAGAAUAGCAAAUCAAUAUGUUUUGCGUAACAUCAAACAAUUUGAAUCUAUUACAAAACCUAGUUGUAUGUUAUCGCACUAUGGGAAAUUUUCACAAACAACCAAACUUUCUUCAUCAUUUACAAAUUUGAAUCUUACCAAUACUAAAAUAGCUAAUAAUGAAAAUCAUCAAUUAUUGACAAAGUUACCUAUGUCAUUAACCUUAAGUGGAAAUCAAUCUCGCUUUGCUAGUACAUCAGGCAGUCAUGUACGUUUAUGGGUCGCAGAGAAAUUAGUUUCUGCUGCGAUGCCAGUUUUACUACCAGCUUCUUUAUUAUUGGAAAAUCCAGCUAUCGAUGUUAUAACUGCUGUUUUAGUUGUAAUGCAUAUGCAUUGGGGUUUGGAAGCUUUGGUUGUUGAUUAUGCAAGGCCUAUUAUUGUUGGACCGCUUCUUCCUAAGGUAUUCCAUCUUUUGUUAAAUCUUUUGUCGAUUGUAACACUUGCUGGGCUUCUUGUACUAAUUUACAAUGGACCUGGUAUCGGAAAAUCUAUCAAAGAUGCAUGGAGGAUUGGUCAACAAAAAACUACUUAGGUACUUAGAAUAAAAAGGUUAAUAAGUGAAAUAAUUUAUUGCUAUAAGUUACAUAUGACGUAGUUACCUUCUUUCUAAAUUGUACAGAAAUAAAAUAUUUAUUAUCUUA